UUUGUCUGGAAGAUGUUAUCUUUCAUUGCACUCUGAAAUUUAAAACAAUGCUGCCUCAUUAACCAUGCAUUUCAUGCAUCCGGACUUGUAUGUUAGCUUUCAGAGUUCCUGUAUCAUAUUUCACAUAGUUACUUCACUCUACCACAUGGUAAAUGUUACUGUUCCACAUUUGGCUAUACAAUGGAGAAAAAUAUGUAUGGGGAAAGUUACUCUUUCAUUAUGCUAUUUGUGCUUAGUGAUUUUUAUUAAUAUGCUAUUCAAAGUUGGAGGAUUAAAAAAGCAUGAUUCCCAAUACUCCAAUGAAGUUAAAAUGGUAUUUACCAUGUUAAACUCUCAGGUCAUACUGCUGAAGAAUUUAAACCUCCACUUUUACUUAAAUCUUAAAUCUGCUGCAGUAGUACAAAUCCAGACCUUUUAUAGAUGACAAUUUAGCUUUGAGAGAAUGAUGUGAUCAUUUGAGUUAAUUGUAAAGGUACUUAUCAAACUAUGGUACAAUAAUUAAUCUAAAGUAUUUAAUUUCCCCUUUCCCCCACAUAAUUUUUUUGGGGGGGGAUUAUACACUCCUGAAUUGGGAUUGUUCCCCCUCUCUCUAUCCAUACCUUUCUAUCUUCAAAGAAUCAGAAAAUUGAUAGUUCUGAGAGUAAACUGCACCAAAGCCUUAGUUCAGCAAAGUAUAUAAGCACAUGCUUAACUUUAAGCACAUGUCUAAGUCACCAAUAUUCAACAAAGCAUGUGAGCACAUGCUGAAGUGCCACCGACUACUCCUGGGAAAACAGCAGUAUCUUACAGUACAUAGUAAAAGUUAUCAUAUAUGGUAGUGUGGUGAACCAAGCUUGGAAGCAAAUUCCAGAGCCAAGUACUUUUCACUUCACCUGAAUGUUUGUCAUAAUGAACAUUAACAUCUAUUGACUGUUUUGAUUUAUUCCCGGACAGUGUGUUUUCUUGGAAACUCAAAUGUUGUGGAGGGGUUAAUCAGAGCUGUUACCUGGUUAUAAGGAGCCUUUCAAUGCAAAGUCACUUGUUCAAGUUGUAAGCAAAAAUUGUUCUCCAUCAGCUGGUUGCUCAAUGUGAAAUGAGCUACUGCUCUCAGUCCAGUCCCUCUAGUUACCAAAUGUCCACAUCACAAGGCCACUAUCAUCACAAUUGGCACCAUUGUUUGCAGUAUCAGCAGACAAACCGAGGACUCACUAGUUAAGAAAUCUGCCCUGCCCUGUAAAGAUGGUCCUUGGAGGUCAGAUUUGAAGCACAUUGGCAGGAUUGUGUCAGUAAGUUUGCACAGUUACUGCCAUUGUGUGUGUGCGUGACACUGUGGUAUAGUCGAUAGAAUAUUGGACUGUGAUCGCUGGUUUCUAUUCCCAGAUCUGCCACUGGCCUUCUGAGUGAUGGUGAGCAAGUCACUUCACCUCUGUGCUUCAGUUUUACCAGCUGUAAAAUGGCGAUGAUAAUACUGACCUCCUUUUGCAAAGGCUUUGAGAGGUAUGGAUGAAAAGCACUAUAUAAACGCCUACCGGUGGUGAUGAUAUUAUUUAAAGGGUAGAUGGAGGAUUUCUGUGCAGCACCUUUCAUAAGCACCUGUGAAGGGGUCCACUCACAGCUAGGCAGGGUGCCGCCUCCUGGCAAUUCUGGGGAUUAGCUCUGACAGGCUGACACCCUUCCUGUGCGUGCCCUUAGUCUCUCUCUGUCUGCAGCCCCCUCUCGCUCCUACAGGGAUUUAAAUACAAUCUCCAGUUGCUAGGGUUGACAGGCACAAGAAACCAGGCUCAACUUCUUCAGCAGAAGACAGAAAAUGUGUGCAUGGAUGAAGAUUUGGAGAACGUAUUUAAUUAUCCCUCCCCCAUACACCUACACUUACAUUUCCCUUACCCAUCCCAGCAUCCUGACUCCAGCGUAGUGGUGGAAUAUUGGAGGACAGGAUCUAAUUAUGUUUGGGGGAAGGGCCCCCCAAAAGUGUUUUGCAGGCUUGACCAAAAAUGUUAAGGAAGAAUUUCUUGUUAACCCUUUCAUCCUCCUUUAUGCCUAGGACUGAGCCAAUUGCUGCUCAGUUUGGAGCAGUGGUGUGCCUACCAGCUAUUAAAGUGGAAUGACUUUCCUGUGUCCCCCAUCAAUACAACUUGGAGUGGAUGGGCAUUGUACCAUGUGAUCCCUGUAACCUCUCUGUGCCCAAAUUGGAGACGGUAGGGCCAAGCUGAUGUCACACUCAUUGCUCAAGCCUUGCUCAUUGCUGAUGUCCAUCUGCUCAGCCUCUGCCUCCAGCAUGAAGAAAAUAGCACUGGGAGGAAAGCUACUAGUCCUUUCCCCUACUACUUUCUCUCUCCCCGGCCCCCCACUCAAACCAGCUUGGGGAAACCUGCUCCACCACCCAAUCCUCACACAAAUUAAAGGACACAACCAUCAGCACAGACUGAUCCACUUCAAGAACCAGACAGGUCCUGUGCUGUAAUCUAUAAUCUACCACCUGUACUACCACCAAAAAGGGGGGAUGCCUGCUCCUCACCCACCCAAGCAAUCAUCUCCACAACCAUAGGCCACCAGGAUGCCCACCUGCCAUUACUGGUGCCACCAAAGGCUGCAGGACAGCCUGCCUGUCUCUGCUGUUGCUAAAACCAACUGCUAGGUAAGGGAGCCUCCUAGAGGACUUUCCAUGGAGUACUGAGGUGGGUGGCAAGCAUAUGGGCCAAGGGAGAGGAGAGGAAAGGUGUGUGUAUUUGGAUGGCAGAAGAAUAUGAAAUUUUUGGAGUGGAGGUGAGAGAGAGAGAGAGAGAGAUGGUGAUGAUGGGAUUUAUUUUUAUCCACAGAAUGUGCAGUCACUUUUCAUUAAAGCAGGAAAUUUUUCAGGGAACCCUUUGAUAUUUUGCUUGCAUCUUGUUCAUCAAUGAGAUGUUUCUACUUAAUAUUUAAUUGUUUCUUUGCCAAAAACACAUGGAGAACCAUUCUGGAAAUGGCAUACUAUCUGGCUUCUAUUGGCCUGAGUAGCUGCUGUCUUUCUGUGCAGGCCAAUUGUCUAGAGCGAAUAGACUUUAUGUUGUUGCUUUUUACCUCGUUCAGUAAGGACCAUGACAAGUUUGAGGACUUAGCUAACAGGAAUGAAUUAUUCUUGACAAUUGUUCUAUCUUACAGUAAUGGUAAUUGCCUUAAGAAUAUGGACAAGGGAGAAGCUGAAGGACAUUGUGCCAGUCCUUGCAAGAACCCUUGGCUAGCUAGUUGUGAGGAGAGCUACUAUGAGAUCACUAGAAAAAGCCAGCCAGAGAUGAAGGAUUGAGCUGAGGGCCAUGGAAUUACUGCUGGCUGCUAGCCUUACUCUGUUGGAGCUCAGAAGAGGGGGAGAGAGAGAGGGAGUAUAGACAGUGUCCUGGUGUAUUUAGGAUAUUUCAGAUGAGAAUUAUAUUGGGAACCACGAGACCUAUUGUUUGCCUGGUCACUGGUCAUGAGCAGUUGGAAGCUAGUGAAGGAGAAUAUUUGUUAAAAUGAGCCACCAUGGAUGGGAGAAGAGAGAGAACACAAUUUAUACCAUGCUAUGCUCAUUGGAAUGAGCUAUGCUCAGUGUGUGGUGCUCAACAUAGAGGUACCCAGCAACCCCACAACACAGAGAUCCCAUUCUUUCUUUUCUGGAGUGAAAACCAAGCUACCGGAGGCUUCUUGGGUAGGCAAGCCAGCCAAACCAGCAUAGUGAUGCCAGCAGCCACAGCCAGCCAAACAGCAGCUGUUUCUGGUUAUCUGACACUUCAUGUAGCUGGGAGAGAGGGGGCCUGUUUUGUUUCCUUUCUGCUUUUUUCCCCAUAUUAUCUUGAUCUGAUUUUUGUAGGCCAUGGAUGUGCACAGCCUAUGACCCAGGACUGACAGUAGCUAGUAGAGAUGGAAUUUCCCCAUAUUGGGUGUUACUCACAUUAAUGAAGGCAUCACACAGCGCUACAAUAUAAACUCGUGCUAUGGUGACAUGGAUGUCAACAGAACAAAAUUUACUGACAAGAAGAUAGUUUACUUAUUGACUGAAUAAUUAUUUUGUUUACUCUCACUGAUGUGGGUAGGUAGAAUACUGCCCUCCCUUACUUAUAAAUAUAAUGUCAAAACAGCACUUAUCCCAAACCAGCAAGUAAGAGAAGGGCUCUUAAUUUCUUAAAAUAGAGUUUGUAUAGUUGUUAGUCUUUUCUCUCAAGUUCACUCUGGGGAUAUACUCUGACCCCACUUGGCUUUUUAAAGUCUGCUUUUUAAAGUAUGAAUGUGAUUAAAAACAGCAAAGGCAAUACUUUAAAAGAAGACACAAUAUGUAUAGUAAAAUACCAUUGUAUGGGAGAUAACACACUGUCUGUUUGACUCUCCCUGUGAAAUAUACUGCAAGUAGUAGGACUUUGACAUAAGCCAUCCUGUCAAAACUACCAAUACUUUGUACACAAUAUAUAACCUGUGGAACUCUCUGUUGCUGGAUAUUAUUGGACAUUCAAACCGGUUUUAUGUACAGAAGGAAUGUUGGAGAGAACACCAGUGUUAUCUGGUACACUUUCCACAAAAUGCCAAAGAAUCUAUGUUCCAGAGACCAGGCAAAAGAGAUCUUACUUUAACAUCUAACAUAAUGCAUGAACCUUGAACAAUGCAAGACUUAUAAUGCUCCACUGUUGGCAUAGGCUGAGAGUCUAAGAACAGAAGCUGAGACCACAGCUUGUCAGUUUCUGGUUCAGGUUUAAGUGUUUCCAGAGUCGCCUUAACCUGCAUAGAAAGCAUGAGUACUCUAUUUUCAAAUCAUGCAUGUCUCUUCAUGCUUUUGAAAAACUCUUGCCACACAUAGAAUCAUUAAUAAGAUGGUCUCAUUCUGGUGACAUGCAAACUACAAGUCCCACAAUUCUCUGCAUCUGGGGAUGGUGCAGAAAGGCUUUCAGCCUGUUCACAUGGAGGUAACUAGGAAACAAAGAAAUAAACACACUUGCCAUGAAGUGAAAGUACCUUUUUUGCAAAAGUAAAAGGAAUCUUCUUUGACAGACCUGUACCAGGAAAGUUCUUCCAAUGUGAUAAACUCCCUUUUGAAUGGGUAUGCAUGGAAAAGAAAAGUGAUGGAAAGAAACCAGGGCUUCUGUACAGCUUAUUCUUCAGAAAAUGUUUAGGAUGAGGUCUCUAAAAUCCUACAACUGUGAGCAAUGUGGGAAUGAUUUUGUCAGCCGCACCGCCUUGAGGUAUCAUUUCCGAGCAAAACAUCUUGGAAAAGUUCACUGUGAGAAAUGUGGUAGGGAAGUUUUGAGAGAAACACUUCAGGACCAUGAAGCGGCCAACCAUGAAAGAAUGACUGCUGAAAAAAAAGGGUGUUUCUGGGACAUGCCUCCAAAGAGGGAAGCAAAAUUUGUGGCCAUGGAAAUGUCUACCUCCUGCAGGAUGUGCCCAAGGCAGUUUGGAACAAUCCAUAGCAGGGAACACCAUGAGAAACAAGAUCAUCACUUCACAGCCAGCAAAAGAGCUCAAAUGGCCACUGGAUUUUCACCUGAUAAUAUCUUGGAUUAUAAAAAUCCAGCAGAACUAAAGAGAUUUGUAGAAGAAAAGCUUCGCCCCAUUCCAGGCCCUGCAAGCAUUGCCUGUGCAACAGAUAUUGAGGCAAUUAUUAAUUUGAUCAAGGAAUGCUUCCCAUUACCAAUAGCUCGGCUAAUCAAGGGAGGCUCAUAUAUAAAAGGAACUGAUACACAAGGCUGGUCUGAUGUUGAUAUAGUGCUAUUUAGUGAAGCCUUUGAAAAUCUAGAAGACUGCAAAAAGAAACUGCCAGAAGUUAUAGAUGAUCUUGGGAAAAGACUGAAGGAAUCUUCAUGGGCCAGCAGGAUAAUGAUGGAGAAAAGGACCCAGUCAUCCUUACGGUUUCAUUUCAAAUGCUAUAAGAAUCACCACGGUCACUCGUUUGAUAUCAUGCCUUGCUAUGACAUACUGGGGCCUGCGCCAUCAACAGGUUUAAAACAGAGCUUUUACCACAAGAUCUAUCUCUGUAAUGACACUGAUGAAAUCCAGCUGUACUCAAUGUCCCUGCUGCAGUACCAGGUUGAGUUUAUCAAGGCAUCUACCAUGAAGGUGAAGGACCUGAUUCGUUUGGUUAAGCACUGGUUCAGGACUUCCUUUGCUAAACCAACAGCACAAAAUAAGUUUCGCAGGCUUCCUUCUUCCUAUGCUAUAGAGCUCAUCACAAUCUUCAUCUGGCAGCUGGCAGGGAAGCCAGUCUUUUUCAGCCUGAUUCAGGGAAUGAGAGCUAUCCUGAAGCUUCUGGUUAGAUACCCAGAAAUAUGCAUUGUUUGGCACAAACACUACAGCCCAAACUCUAUGAUUUUCAAAAAGGUGUUCCAGAAGCAAACCAGGCCAUUUGUUUUGGAUCCUGCAAACCCAACAUUUAACGUGUGUGAGAACAGCAACGCUUGGGAUGAAGUGGCUCAUGUGGCGAGACGGAGCCUCCUUAAGCCUCUUUUUAAUGGUGUGCAAGCGAAAGAGCCCUGGCUUUUUACAAACGGCUGGUAAAAACGAGAGAAAGCGUUAGCCUGGUUGCAGUCCUGUCAAAUAGGUUUGCCAAGGCAUAUAACACUAGUCUGCCAAUAGGAAUAUUCCAAUAUAAAGAAAUGUAAAUGAAGAAUGGUGGGGUGUUUUUUGUUCUCUCUCUAAUCUUUUUAACAAACAAUUCUUUGUCAUUACUUCUGAACGAACAAGACAAUCCAUUCUAGUCAGGGGAUUAAAUCGUCCGCUAAAUUUUUAUCCCUGUGUGAGGGACGAAGCUGAAAGAUAUGCUUCCUUAUGUUUGUAAAGAGUUCAAGCACUAGAGCAAAGAGGGCAACUUUUCACAGCUCCUACAACUUCCUUCCUUCCCAGCUCACUAGGGCAGCACUGGAAUUCCAUAAAACAUCUGAGCAUUGUUUAUUUAAAAAAGGCCCCUGGAAAGAACUCACUGGUUACACAGUAAGAUGACUAUAGUUCCAUAACAUCUGGCAAAUCACUAGGUUGCAAUAGAUAAACGCUGGAAGGCUCUACACUAGGCUGUCUCUCAAUACAUCGUUUAUUUCCAGAAGUUAUGGCCGAUCACACAUCUUCUGAGGGUAAGACGAAGGGAAGGUUGGAAAUAUAAUGAAGAGUAGAGAGAAAUUAUGUAUCCAGACUCUACCCAUUGUAUGGGGUACUAACCAUUUUAGUUCGUAAAGACAGACUAUUUUGUAUACAGUUUCAACAUCAGUAAUUGGGGCUACAGCACAAAGACCUCACCUGAAGGGGAGUUGGAAAGACUGCAUUAUUUUCUGGAAUGAUGGUUCUAGCAGUAGUGGCUACUAACAGGAGAAACAGCACGAAGUAUGGGACCUGAUCCUACAAGGUGCUUGAGCAUCAUCAGCACCUCUUAGAGUUCAGGCUAGUGGAAGAAACACAACUGAGACAGAACAAGAGGGAAACAGAAGUGGGAAAGUAGUCAGCAUAAAUUUUUCUCUUGGGUAGCAUGCUGUGUUAAAUUGUGUUGAGAAAAAAAGUCAAAUUAUUAGUCCAUUUUAAGUGUCCAGUAGGACUGUUUGUCAUCAUCCAAAUAAACAAAUAUAAAAACUAAGUUAUUCCAACACUUUGCCAUUUACAAGCAGUUGUUUAAAUACUUUGUGAUGCAGAAAUUCUACCCUGAUAGAUAGGAACCAAAUAGGUAGAUAACAAUUGUUUAUCAAAUGCAAAAUAGAGCAUGUACUGUUUACUGAUGCUGUAUAAAAUUCAUUGUACUCUAUGAAUCAUUAUGUUUUGAAAACACAUCCUGAAUGAAGGCUAUUUUUUCCAAAGUGGUCCAAGCAAACUAUUAGACGUUAGUGCUUCAUUAAUUACAAUUGAAUUUGUGCUGAGAGAGAGCGAACACCACACAGUCUCUCUCACGCUGAGCCAGAUAAAUUAAAAAUUCAUAAUUUUC